CUCAAUUACUUCGCUCUCUAUCGGGUCUGCUGAUCGCAAAGUUCUUCAGCUUGCGAACGUCUUCCUCAAUAGUUUCCGUGAACCAGAGCCGCCAAUUCGCUCACAACCUGCUUCCUCCUGCCUUUGCCGGCUCCCCGCUUCGGCGCAACCAGCACCGUUGUCCGUCGAAUCGAAGGCUCGAAGCGAUCAGCUUUACCCUAAUUCGCUCAGGAUGAGUACUAUGAAAUUCUGCUGCGAAUGCAACAAUAUACUGUACCCCAAGGAAGAUAGAGAGCAGAAGAUUCUCCUCUUUGCUUGCCGCAACUGUGAACACCAGGAGGUUGCCGAUAACUACUGUGUCUACAGAAAUGAGAUACAUCACUCUGUCGGGGAGCGCACUCAAGUGUUGCAGGAUGUAGCUGCAGAUCCAACUUUACCUCGUACAAAAUCAGUACGUUGUGCUCAAUGCAGCCAUGGAGAAGCUGUCUUCUUCCAGGCCACUGCUAGAGGGGAGGAAGGUAUGACUCUGUUCUUCGUCUGCUGCAACCCAAAUUGUGGAUACCGUUGGAGAGAUUGACAUCUCACUCAGAUACUAGAAUCUAAUCCUGAUGACGUUUCUUGGUGUUUGCUCGAAGAAACUAUUGGCUAACUCAUUGAUCUGGUAACGACCUAAGAAUAUCCAAAUUGUGGUCUUACAUUUCCUGGAGCUGGUUCAGUUUGGCUGUAACUCAUUGACCAAAAAGCAUUGAAGGGGAAACUGUAGCUGGCGGUAUUUCAAUUUGCGCCUUAAGUGUGAAUUGCUGGAUUUUUUUAGUUUGUUCUUUUUAUCCUGGUGAGGACCUUAAGAUACCCAUCUUUCCGAUCCAUGGCUUGACAAGGCA